UAACCUCGAUCUUAAGAAAGUUUUUUUUUUAAUUUUUAACGUGGUUCUUUUCUAACAAACCGUGAUUUGAAAUAUAAAUAUCUAAAUUCAAAAUUAAUUUAUUUAUUUAUCUAUUUUUGACCAUAGUGGCAUUUCGCCGUAUUCUCAAUCCGAAAAUUAGUUGCUAUGUAAAACGUUACACAUCAAGUUGCAAUUAUCGAAUACAGUUGAACAAGAAAUGGUUAUGCUACUACAUUGAUAACAUGCGGAUUCUACUGAAUCGAAUUAACAAUAUCUAAUCACAUUCAACAAAUACGCAAUCGCCAUAUCAGGUACUAUCUUACCCCACAAAGUGUUCACAACUCGCCUUAAGUCUUCGAUAACUGAUUUGGUAUUAUGGGCAUCGGUUAAACGCCAAAUUUUCCAAAUCGCCCUAUAAAGCUUCAACUCAACCCAGCAUUCUGCAUCAGUUUGUGUACGACCGCGAAAAGAACCAUUGUACAAUCGAAUAUGGAGAAACUACUCUUAAUCGCUGGCCUAUGCUGCCUCAUGGGUGCAGGAUUAGCUACCUUCCAGCGUCAAUCGAUCCUGAUACAAGGCAACUUUGUGCCUCGUAACUCGUCGGCCGACAGAGGUCGCUGCCAAGGUCAACCGGAUGGCACACUAUUCCCGUCAUCAAACUGCUCGAAUUUUAUGAAUUGUGAGGGUGGCCGAGAAGUAGAAGUUGAAUGCCUGCCGACAGGUACCUUGUACGACUAUGCACGUGAAGUGUGUGAUCAUCCUGAGUUUGUAACUUGCUGGACUGAAGAAAAUCGUUGCACUGGACGUCAAAACGGAACCCUCAUUCCUGCCACGAACUGCACCAACUUCAUAAUCUGUAUGAACGAGCUAGAAAAUGAAGAGGUCACCUGCGCACCUGCUGGCACGCUGUUCGAUUACCAGCGAGAGGUGUGCGACCAUCCUGAGAAUGUGCAGUGCUAUGAAGGUGGUGCUUGUGCUGGACGCCCGGAUGGUUCUUUGGCGCCUUCUCGCAACUGCAGUAACUUCUUCCGCUGCGAAAAUGAAGACAUUGCUGAGGAAAUCAACUGCCAGCCGCAGGGAACAUAUUUCGACUGGCAACGAGAGGUAUGUGAUCAUCCGGAAAAUGUCGAAUGUGCUGAAUCGGGACCAUCAGGAAACAGUACCGUGGCACCACCGUUGCCAACAGAUGCACCAACCCGUCCGCCACUGGAUCCAAGUGUUCCCACGGAUCUUUGUCGUGGCGUAACCGUUGGUAUGUUGGAGCACCCGACAGAUUGUACGCGUUACGUUAUCUGUGUGUUGGGUCAACCCAAUGUACAGCAGUGUCCGGAAAACUUCAUCUUUAUUGCGGAACUAGCAACCUGCGGUUUCGGUGAUCCAGUGACGUGCGUGGCUAGCCAAACUUGGAUUGAAGCAUACCGACGUGCUACUUCUUACGUUCGCUAAGUAAAUGUUUCAUGAUAUCUAUUCUUCGUUCCCGAAUAAAACAAUAGCAAAUGCACUGUGUGCUGUUUGUAAACCUUCAAUAUGAAGCGCCGCAGAAAAAAAAGAAAAUAUAACUUUUGUUUAUUGCACCCUUGUCACCGCCAGACAAGUGAGCAGUGUUGUUAAACAAGU